UUUUUAUCCUAGUAACACACCUGAUGACAAUUAGACUCUCCUAAAGGCUUGAAUCUGAAACAGGUGGUAACCAAGGGUACUAACGGAACGUGUUGGCAAGUUAGACCUCGACAGGAGUCUGACACCAUGCCAGAGGUAAAGAACAACGACCACUACUUGGCACCUUUGAAAGAAGACUUUGAGGAACUCUUGGCACGUUUCAAGCAGACAGAAAGUGUCCGAUAUGAGCAUUUCUCUGCAAUUUGGGGAGACAUGAACUUCUCAUCUAUCAACUAUGGCCUACCUCGAGCUUUUGAUAAGAGGCACUUCUCCAGAUCAGCGUUAACGGCAGCCUAUGAUUACCUUCUGCCUCCUUACAACUUCCAGAUCAGGGUGGGGGGACUCUACCUUCUUUAUGGCCUGUAUAACACACAGCUGGCCUGGCCUCGAGAAAAGAUCUGUGUAGCUCUGAAGGAUUGGGGUGACAUUCAGAAGUUUAUCCAGAACGCGUGGGAAGGACAGCACUUGGAUGUGAUCUACAUAUACUGGAAGCUAAUGUCUUCGAAGGCCUUCUUAUACAGUGCUAUGCCUGUUCCAUUGACUUUCCAAAAGAGGUGCCCCAUCUCGAAGCAACAAGAGCAAGAAUUGCCCACAGAGCGCCCUGAACGAGUGAAGACCUUGUUCUUGUCAAAUACCACCAGGGAGAUGAAGCACAUCCAGGACCGCUAUGAGAAAAUGAAGGAGGCCUUGUCCUUGACCUCCACUGUGAAUGCCACUCAGCGGGACGUGGUCAAGCGAAUACAGGACUACGCCCAGAGCCUGGAGCAGGAGGAGCUCUCCAGAAAUGCCAGCAAAGAUUGCGAUGAUUCUGCAGAAGUCUCAGAGAGGGAAGAGUCUUCAAAGCGAGCACUGCUGCUUGCUUCCAUCAAGUCCAAGUCAUAUGGCCUCCUCACACAGGCAUCUAAGUCCCGCCGUCACCGUCAGGUAGAGUGUGGUGCAACAAGCCCCUCACCCGACCCUUACGCAGAGUUUUAUGCCAACGGCAAGCGACGUCACCUUUCCCUGAAAAGACGGACCUGCAGAGCCCUUGGAGAGAGUCCUACAAAGACGGAGGAUGACCCAAAGAAACACUGGCUCUUGUCCGUUGCUGAAAACGACCGGGGAUGUUGGAAACGAAGGUCGAAGAGGAUCAGAUUCAAGUGGAAUUAAAUCGGGUGAAACAUCAUAGAAAACAUAUUUUUGACAAUGUAGGUGUUAGAGUGAGAUUUAUGUCUAAAAUAAUUACAUAACACCAUCUUUAUUUGUACAGUUUAAGUUUUUUUUAUGUUGGUUGGUGUACUUAUGCUUUCCUAUGUUGGUUUUAUUAAUAAAGUUUGUUUGUGCUGUGUUGCACACUCUAAA